AUGAAGAAGACCGCCCCACCGGCGACCGCGGCGCGACCCUGGUAUGACCCGCGUGGCUGGUCCUUGUUGACCAAAUCGCUUGUGGGCGCCGGGGUCGUGGUCGCCAUCGUUGCCCUCAUCGUCGGACUCGUCGAGGGGCUCAAAUCUUCUUCCUACCCCAAUUACUCUGCGCUGAACUACACCCUGUCCCGCCAAUACUCUGGGUCCUCGUUCUUCGACGAGUUCGACUACUACACCGCCACCGACCCAACGGACGGGUUUGUGCAAUAUGUAGACUCAUCAACCGCAUCAGAGCUCAACCUGACCUACGCCUCAAGCUCGCGGGCCGUCCUGCGCGUCGACACCAGCCCCGCCAACCAGACCAGCGGCCGCAAGUCGGUGCGCAUCACCUCCAAGCAGACGUACGAGAGCGGGUUGUUUCUCUUCGACAUCGUGCACACCCCGUACGGAUGCGCGACGUGGCCGGCGCUGUGGCUGACCGACCCCAACCACUGGCCGGAACACGGCGAGAUCGACGUGCUCGAGUCCAACAACAAGGGCACCCAGGGCAACGCGAUGACGCUGCACACCACCAGCGGCUGCAAGAUGAACGGCAAGCGCAAGGAGACCGGCGCCCCGACGUACACGAACUGCCUGAACACGGCCAACGACAAUGCCGGCUGCGGCGUGACCGGGGGAAAAGCCACGUACGGGGAGGAGUUCAAUGCAAAUGGCGGCGGGGUUUAUGCAAUGGAACUCCGUGACGCCGGGAUCCGGGUGUGGAUGUGGGCCCGCGACGAGAUCCCGGACGACAUCUCCAACGUCAGCAGCCGCCCCGACCCGUCCGGCUGGGGGGAGGCGCUGGCCGACUUCCCCAGCACGCACUGCGACAUCAGUGCGCAUUUCACGAACCUGAGUAUCAUUGUGAAUAUCGAUGUCUGUGGCGAUCUCGCCGGUGCGACCAGGUAUUAUACCGAUCUCUAUGAGUGUCCGGAGACGUGCACGCAGUGGGCGGCGGGCAACGGGGCGAACUUUACGAAUGCCUACUGGGAGUUUAAUAGUUUUCAGGUCUAUCAGACUGUGUCGGCCUCGGGGGCGACGGCGACGGCGGCGUCGUCGGGGACGAGUUCCGCGGGGAUGUCGUCGUCGACGACGUCUCCGUCUCCGUCCCCGGCGCAGGGGCAGCAGCAGGAGGGAGCAUGA